ACAAGGCUAGACGGCAGUACAGCCCUACAAGAAUUUUUUAUAUACUACUAUACAACUUGAAAACUACGUAAACAUGGAAUACACCAGCAAGACACAAAUCUACCAGAAGGUGAAGAAGCCGCUAUUGGAACGUCAGCGACGUGCUCGCAUCAACAAGUGCCUCGACACCUUGAAGACACUUGUCGCCGAGCUGCGAGGUGAUGAUGGCAUAUUGCGCCUGGACAAGGCUGAGAUGCUUGAAUCAGCUGUGGUAUUUAUGCGCCAGCAGAAGAUCAACAAAGAAAACACAGAGCAACAACAGCAAGAAUCAGCAGUCAUGCCUUUGGAGAGCUUCCGCAAUGGUUAUAUGAAUGCGGUGAAUGAAGUGUCACGUGUCAUGGCCUCCACACCUGGCAUGAGCGUUGACCUGGGCAAAUCGGUGAUGACACAUCUGGGCCGCGUCUACAAAAACCUGCAACAGUUCCAUGAAGCACAAACAAUGUCGCCGGCUGAGUCAUGCGCUGACUUGAGCAUCCACUGCAAAUCGGCGCCGCUCAGCCCUGCCUCGUCUGGUUAUCACAGUGAUUGCGACAGUCCUGCACCAUCACCAAUGCCGAUGGAGGAGGAGAAACUGUGGCGCCCCUGGUAAACAUCAGCGGCAACAGCAAUCAGCAAGAGAAGACAAACAAUACAACGAAACUGUGAUAACCAACU